GCAACAGGGCAAGAGAUGCCAGAAAGUAAAGGACGAGGACAAGGAGGAGGAGGUGGAGGAGGAGAUGGGUGCUCGCGGGGCAAGCGGAAGCUGAGGAAGGGAGGCAGCCGUUCAGCCAUCCCAGCACUGUUCACCAUCACUGAGGAAGAGGAGGGACUGAGACGGAAAAAUGUGUGCAGGAGGAAGAAAAAAGCAUCUUAUUCUCAAUAUAAAUCAGAGGAUGGAAGAACAUCUACAGCCACCCGCCCCAGCUCUGCGGGCUCCGGGCAAGCAUACACUCCCACCCUGACCCCCAACACCACUCCUACCCUGACCCACACAACAACCAGCAACAGCCCCAGCAACAAUACCGCCACCAAAACAGACUCCUUACUUUUCAAUAAGAUUGACGAGAGACAGAGGUUAGCCCGUGAGCGCCGUGGGGAGCGUGAGAAACAGAAUGCUGAAAAGGAGGCCCAGUGGCAGGCACGCGAGGAGCGGGCCAGGCAGCACUAUGAGAAGCACCUGGAGGAGAGGAGGAGAAAGUUGGAGGAGCAGAGGGUGAAGGAGGAUAAGAGACGGGCUGCCGUCGAGGAGAAACGACGGCAGAAACUGGAGGAGGACAAGGUUCGUCAUGAGGCGGUGAUUCGUCGGACGCUGGAGAGGAGCCAGAGAACCAAACAGAAGACCAACCGAUGGUCUUGGGGAGGGACACUGCACCCAAACAUUACCAGCACACCAGCCGGUUUUGUCGAGUCGGUUUUCCUCUGUCCACUCGAUCUUGCUGGACUGGAGCACAUGCAGGGUGCAUUUAGUCUCUACCGCAGAUACGGAAUGACCUCUCAAUAUGCUGACAGGCGGUCGGUGUCCACAAUGAAUUUAUCCAAACACACGGACCCUGUCAUUUCCAAACGUCUCUCCUCCUCCUCUGCCACACUUAUUCACUCUCCAGACAGAGGCUUACACAUGAGAACAGCCUCCUCUCCAGUUAUUAGCAAAGCUCAGUCCAAGCCCCGCCUACACCACGGGAAGACGCCCCAUCAUAAAAACACAGGCCUCCGCCGUCUUCCUUUGACGACAUGGGAGAGCAAUGUGGUGAACCGCCUGCAGCAGCCAACACACUCCUACUUGGCUCGUAGCCGCAGUGCCAUGAGUCUGUCUGGAGAGCAAACAGCCAUGCCUGUGUGUCCUCGCUCAGUGUCCUGCCACCCCAUGGGCUCCAUGUCCUUCAAGGCCCUGCAGGCCCAGCCUCUUCCUCACUGCCGCAGCCAUGACAGGAGCCUCAGCAGGGAGGCAGCCUCGUCUUCCUCCAAGACAAUUCGCAGGAGGACCACCGGCACCACACAGCAGAAGGACCGUGACCAUGUCAGGAAGUCAUGGAGCAACCUGUCACUCCCACUGGCUCCCAUUCUGAGUCUCCCCCCCAACAAGCGCUCCUCUUCUCUAGGCAAGAAGACCAGCAGAGUAGCACCCUCUUCUGGCAGGCAACUUCAAAAAUCAGCAGAGCGACCCCCAACCCCCAAGCUGCUCAAGUCUCCUGGGCCAGAGGACCCUGGAAACUUGCGUCCUUUCAGGACCACACCUGAGAAUCCCCAUUCCACCAGAGAGCAAGAAGAAGAAGAGGAGGAGGAAGAGCAGGUCCUUGGUCCUCUUCAGCCUCGACCUCAGCCUCUGGGUCAGAACAAGAGCAGCAGUGAGCAAUCACCACCACCAGCCAGGGAGAGUUUAAGCAGUCCUCCAGCUCACAGGCCCUCUGCAGGCACCACAGAUCCAGAGGAGGCGAGUCGUAUCCUGGCUGAGAAUCGUCGGCUGGCCAGAGAGCAGAGGGAGAGAGAGGAAGAGGAGCGCAAGCAACAGGAGGAGCAGGCCAGGUUAGCGAGAGAGGAGAUGGCUCGCCGUAAAGCUGAGGAGAGAGCAAAGAGAGAGGAGGAGGCUCAGCGUCAGGCCGAGGAGAUGAGAAGGAAGGAAGAGGAGGGGAGAAAGAUGGAGGAAGAGAGACUUGAGAAAGACAGAGAGGAGGCAGAGAAACUUCAGAAACAGAAAGAGGAGGAAGAGUCUCGACAGAGAGAGGAGGCAGAGCGAAUGAGGCAGGAGAGAGAGAAACACUUCCAGAAAGAGGAGGCAGAACGACUGGAGAGAAAAAAGCGUCUGGAGGAGAUCAUGAAGAGAACAAGACGUUCAGACACAGCGGAGAAGAGAGUUGUUCCUAGGAAUGGUGACAAUGCAGUGACCCCCGCCAGUCCAGGCCCUUCUACUUUGACUGUGUCGCCAGCACUCAGCAGCAACGGUCAGGAGGCUGACCCAAGCCCAAAGACCACCCCAUUAAGCCAAUCUGACCAGGGAGAGAACGGAGAGUUUGAAGAGGUUAUCGUACUGCCUUCACAUUCCAGGUUGUCUCCUCCUGAGGGAGAGGAGCAGCAGCAGCAGCAACAGGAGGAGGAGAGACUUCCUGUCAUAGCCUUCAGGGAGAACGGUCUCCUAAAACCUCUGAGCGGGGUGGAGGAUAUAUCAGCCCAGCAGGGACCAGAUGUUGCUUGAGGCCCUUUCAGGACGAGAUGAUUCCGCACCCAGAGAGACAGGAAGUGAGGCAAGAGAGGUAACAGACCUGUUGAAUCAAAAGGAGGGACUUGUAGCAUCGCAGUCGGAUCCUUCUAGAGGUUUACCUUCUCACCCUCCUGUGACAGAAGAGCACCGCAGCCAUUUCCCAAAGAAGCUGUCUCCAAAGCGUCUCCAGAGAGAAGAGUCCCUUUAAGCAUCUCCAGAGAGAACUUUGUUAUUCCUCUUCAAACUCUGAGGAACUGAUGGUCUCUGACCACAAUUACACCGAAAAAAUGUUCUGUCACAGCCCAAACUACCCGUCUUUCUGAAGUGAAUGUCCUGGAAUCACAGGAGGGCAUUGAGCGCCAUGCCAUCUUGUGACUCUUUAGAUGUGUGUGUGUGCGCGCGCAUGUCUGAGUGAAUGAGAGACAAAUAAUAAUGUAACUUGAGAUCAGCUGUUAAGUCUUCAGACAUGAUACUUGAAGAUAUUAUUUUGGCGCUGUAGAACAUACUGUAACACAUUCACAAAAUCAGCAAUGUGACAUAAUAACUGGUACUCGCACAUCAGGUUCAGAGUUACAGGUUUCAUGCUCUCUGACUGGAACCUCAUAGUUCUUUUGUUUCAACAUUUCUAUUGAAAUGCAUCAGGUGAGAUGAUAUGAGUGCAUGAAGUUUAUCUGGACUACAUAAAAGUAUAAUGUAAUAUAUUUGGAUGAGUGUGGCAGGGGUGACAGAGCAUGAUGAAGUUUAAUUUAAAUUAUGACAAAAUGAAAAACAUUGUUCUCAGAGAAAUGGGGUGUGAACUACUGAUUCUUUUACUUUUAUUUAAUUGCUGUACAGAUAAAUUGAUUCUUUGUUUUGUCCGCGGACUGUCUUCACUUUUUGUUUUAACUGAAAGUAAAAACUGCUUUGACUUCAAGUAAUGCCCUUUAAUUUGUUUACCCCUGACAUUUCCCCAAUGCUGCAUCAUGUCACAGUUAUCUGAAAAGUGUUGGAAGUUAACUUUUGUUUUGGCCAGGAGAGUAAAUUUGCUGGUGGUGUUAAUUCUGUCAUAAUCUGGGUCAUUUGAUCUAUUCAAUGAAGAACACAAUAAAAAAAAAAGCUGCUACUGUGAUGUUUCUUUGCCUUACAGCAUCAUAGAAAGACUGAGCCAUGAAGAUAUGCAUUCCCAGUGUGAGCUUUGGCAUAUUGGCCAGUGGCUUCCUUUCCUUAUUUAUUUAAAGGUUUUAAAAAAAUGCAUCACUGUCUAUAAUAUUGGAGCAAUAAUGUUAAAAAUUCAUGCAGGGAUUUAACUUUUAAAAAACUGGAUAAACCGUUGCACUCCUGUGAUCUUCACGUACAUCUUUGUCAUCUCCAAAUAAUGCUGCUCUCUUUGCAUUUUUUCCAGGAACCUUUUGCAUUCACUUUCUUUACAAGUCUUACAGUUGCACCACGUAGAAGGAAACUUCAGAAAUAUUACCCAUGUCUGUCUUAAGGGCCUGUUUCUGUCAAUAGUGCACAGCAUGCUGUUAUCAACGUGCUAACUUGACUGAGUUUGCAAAGAACUUUAACAGAAGCUAAAUCGAUUGUAAAACGUUAUACUUAGAUAUUCUAUGAAUUAUAUGUAAAUGUUGAUAUAUUUUACUAAGACUGACCACUAGUCUUUGGAAAGUAAUAAGCCCUUUACUUCAGAGGGUCUGUGGGAUGAAAUCUUUGAUUAACUGUCAAACUGAAAUUACUGAACAACAGUUGCAGCAGUACGCUUGGGCCAGAAAAUAAAACCUUUUGACUUGA